CAAAGGAUCAGCGGUUCGAUCCCCGCUUCCGCUCCACCACGUCGAUGUCUCCUUGGGCUUUACAUGAGAAGCACAUUAAGUCUGGUUUCUCACCAGCUUCGUGGUGCACAUGCAGCAUUCGUCAACGCCUCACCACGCAUCCUAUGUGCAACUUCCUGUGCCACUUUGACGGUUACAGAGAGCGUUUCACAAAGCAGCCUUCCGCCUGCGGCGUCUCAUUUCUUUGAAGCAUGAUGAGCGCGGUGAGGACGCUGCUGUGGGCCUGGAUGGUCCUGGACUCGGGGGAUUGCUCACUGCCAGACAUCUCCGAUGGGGACUUCAUUGACGAGUGCGUGAGGGCCCACAACGAGGCGCGCUCGUCCGUCAGUCCACCUGCAAGUGACAUGCUGCACAUGACAUGGGACGAGGGCUUGGCCAUCACUGCGAGAGCGUGGGCGAGGCACUGUGUGUUUGAGCACAACACCUACCUCAAAGAAGUCGGCCGCGUGCACCCCACCUUCUCCUCUGUGGGAGAAAACCUUUGGGCAGGAUACCCGCCCUCAGCUUUUAAGGCGUCGAGGGCCAUAAAGAGUUGGGUGGACGAAGAACCGAACUACAACCACGGCAGCAACGUCUGCACUAAAGUCUGUGGCCACUACACACAGGUCGUGUGGGCGAGCAGCUACAAGGUCGGUUGUGCCGCCCAGCUGUGCCCGGAGGAGGUCAUCUUUGUUUGCAACUACGCCCCAGCGGGCAACGUGAACAGGAGGCGCCCGUAUAAACAAGGAGGGGCCGGCUGCUCUGGAUGUGAAGGCCGCUGUGAGGGCCAUCUCUGCCGUAGCCAAGAACGAGAUUUACAGGAAAGUUACACCUGGAGUCCGGACUGGGACCCCGUCCUGGGACCCCGCUUCAGCUAUGUGCCUGUUCUGGUGGUCCGGCCCGUCGCCCUCAUCUUCACCUUCAUCGUAGCGUAUGCAGUGCGUCACUUUUAUCCCGACGUCUUCUGCUACGAAUAGGCCGCCCGAGGAGACGCGGACUUGUUCAGCCGAGUCCCAUCGGAGCUGUACACAACAAGACCUCGAGUCGAAAAGGUGCCCAAACUGUCCCCAGACCAUUUCACUGCAGUAACCAAUGAACUAAUCAAAAUGUUCACACAAGCAAAAACAACAACACAAGGUGCUCUGCAAUGGACUUCGUUCUGAAUGCCAAAGAAGUGCCUUUCUGACCAUGAAUGUGGACUCCUAUAAUCCUGUAUCAAGUACCCCGAUCAGUUCUUCUACCAUAUGUUUGUUUGUCGUGAUCAACAGGAAUUAAAGCAAACCUAAGAUCCAGGUUAAUAAAAAAUCUGCCUUUAA